AUGAGCAUCAGUCUGGGACGCAAUGCGCCGUUGUCCCCGAUCUCUAUAGGCGGUAGCGAUUUCUCUGUUUCCAAGUACCAACCCGACGACGGCCCCUAUCCCAACGGUCGCUCCAAUCUUGCAUCGCCCCCGAAUUCGGGCGGCUCCAACAGCGCCAUGAGCAUCAACGGUUUCCCAAACGCUCCUCUCAACGGCCCAGGCCCGGGCCCGGGUCCUGGCCAAGGUCCUGGUCCAGGUCCUAGAAGCACUGGAGGACCAUCACCACCUGCUUCCAUUGCGCGCUCAAGUAACGGUACUCAACUCUACGCUCGCAGCGAAGGCCGCAACAGUGUCCGCGGCGACCUUGACGAGGCCGUCCUCAGCGAGCACUAUGUCGCCCUGCGCACAUUCCUCAACACCCGCGAUCCCAAUCACAAGCAGCAGCCGAACAAAGCUCGCGACAAGCUUUUGCGCCUUUCCUCAGUUCAAUUUUAUGAGCUCAGUACCGAUGUUUUUGACGAAUUGAUCCGAAGACAGGCCGCCGCCAGGGCGCCUCCGAAUGCACCAAAUGGCCCUCCCCCAUUUCUGACGCCCGAGAAGAACUUCCACCCCAAGCGAAACCAGGCUCGCCAAAGACUAUCUUCCCUUGGCCCUCCACGAUUCCGAGACCUGGCCGCCGAUGUUUACCACGAACUCGAACGCAGAUUCCCUCGCUUCGUGGGAGCCGACCUUGCUCGUACAGGAAGUCCCAUGUCAAUGAGAGGACCCGGCACACCGAUCAAUGGUAGCUUCCCCCCAAGAGCCCAAAGCCGCAUGAGGAGGCCUUCCGAUGCGCCGUCUAUGAGAGGUCCUGGACCACAAGAUGCUUACGGAAUGCCAGCAUCCCCAAGUGGCCAGAAUGGCGAUUACGGACGUCCUACACCAAAACAGCUCAACCAGAACAACACAAUCGUUCCGAACAAAAGUAUCAUGCUUGAAGAAGAUGACGAAGGCGAAGGAUACUCAGAACAUGACCCGAAUCGCGAGAGCAAGAGGAGUGCUGGUACCGGCAUUAUGUCAGAGACCGACAGGAAAGCCCUAGAGGAUUCCCAAAAUCAGGUACGGGAAUUACAAGAGAAGCUAGAGAGUAUGGAAGAGGCUUGGAAAAAGGAGAAGGAUGAAAUGAAUAGCGCUCUGGAUCAGGAACGUUCACAAGCUGCUACUAUCAACCAGGAAAAGCAAGAAUGGAGUGAUCUCCGACUCAAUCUUGAGAACAAGCUGGCUGAGGCGCAAAACCUUAACGACUCGAUGAAGCAAGAAUUGCAGCGCGUACGCGACGAUCAUGAGGAUGAAAUACAAAGGCUCAGAGAUGAUAUGACAGUAGCACAGCAGUCCGAGAGAAGUGUUGGGCCUGGCGCAUCAGACUCUGAGCUCCAACGAGAAAAUGAUGAACUUAGACAGGAACUUCGGGAACAACAGCAGGUCACAGAGGAAGUCAGGAAAGAGGCCCAAGAGUUCUUGCUCGAGAUGCGCGAGCUUUCUCAGCAAAGUGGUACGACACACGAACGACAUGCAGAACUUGAGAAGAAGAUUGAGAGGCUCGAGCGUGAGGUUCACGAAUGGAAGGACCGCUACGCUGGUGUCAAGACGCAACUGCGACACAUGCGCGCAACCUCUGCUGGUCCCGGGAUUGAGCACGAUGCGGCCAAGCACGUCCGUGAGCAGGGAUUCGUUGAUGAGCGUGGUAUGGUCAAAGAUAUUCACGUCACGAAGUUCCAGAUUGCCAUUGAUGAGCUUCUGCAGAAAGCUCGAACUGAGGAUCCCCAAAAGGUGGUGGAUGCUAUGAAGCUCGUUGUAGUCAGCGUGCGUCGCAUUACCAAGGACAUCGAGGUGCCCCAGACCGACGACGAGGAGUUUAUCCAACAGCAGACCAAGUUGAGAUCCAAGGUAUCGUCAACCGCAAACAACUUCAUCACAGCUUCCAAGAACUUUGCCUCCAGCGCUGGAAUGUCUCCUGUCUCUCUGCUGGAUACCGCAGCGUCGCAUUUGGCCGCUGCUAUCGUUGACCUGCUCCGUCUGGUCAAGAUUCGAUCAACCCCUGCUGAGGAAUUGGACGAUGAAGAUGGAACCAUGACACCUGCGGACUCCAGUGCUCUUUUCUCACCUGUAGCUACCGAGCAUCCUGUAAACAUCCAGAACACGCUUCCACCUCCAGCUCCCUUCCAGGGCUUGAGUGGUAUGCGAGGCAGCAUUGACUCAUCAGCAUAUAGCCCACUGGGCUCGCCUCGCCAGUCCGCUGAGCCAUAUUCGCACCAAAGGUCCAUGUCCAAGGCCAGCGCGGUACCAAUCGGCCUCGGGCAAGCCAACGCGAACACUCAACCCAACGGACGAGCCCCGCAGUUGGAUCCCCGAGCCGCCGAAGAUCUCAAGCUCUUCCUUGAGGAACAAAACUCCAUUCUAUCGGCCGAGAUCCAGAGACUUGUAAACACGGUCCGCGGAGAAGCCAACAUGCGCCAGAUUUCUGAAGAUAUCGGUUCCAUCAAUGCCAUUGUCAGCGACAUUAUUGCAGAAUCACAAGCAUGCGGCCUCGGCGAGUCGGCCAACCAGCUGGCCCAAUGUAGAGCACGCCUACUCGAGUCUGCCGACCAGGGUCAAGACAUGGCGAACAUUGGUAUGGACACAAACUCGCACGAAUGGCGCAUGUGGGUGCAGACACUACCACCUAUUGCAUUCGGUCUGGCACGCGAGACCAAGGAACUUGUUCAACAAGCAGAUGACAUGGCCAGACCCGGACGACCUGAUGACUUUUCGUAA